AAAGUUUUGACAGAUGCAAAUAAUUGUUGUGAUUUGAAUGUGAUGUACCAAGAAAAGGAAACAAUGGAUAAAAUUGAUGGAGAAGGGCAGAAAUCUGAAAAGAUGUUUACGUUAAAGAAAUGGAAUGCUGUCGCGAUGUGGAGUUGGGAUGUGGAGUGCGAUACUUGUGCUAUUUGUCGCGUACAAGUAAUGGAUGCUUGUCUCCGAUGCCAAGCCGAGAGCAAGAAGGACUACUCCGGAAAACAAGACUGCGUCGUGGUUUGGGGUGAAUGUAACCACUCAUUCCACAAUUGCUGUAUGUCCCUUUGGGUGAAACAAAACAACAGAUGUCCGUUGUGUCAACAAGAAUGGUCUAUACAGAGAAUGGGAAUUUAAUAAGUGCGAGCGAAAUAACAUAUUGAUGUUUUCACGAUUCUCAAAUUAAUUAAUUUGAUAAAUACAAUUAAUAAAAAAUA